UGGGCCCACUCUGAGCCUAGGGGCCUGCAGUCUGCUGCUGGAGCCAGGAUGGACGCCAAGGCAGGUUCCCCAGAGCUGCUGGCACCACUGCGGACAGCGGCAGGGGACCCCGAGUGGUGCUGCUCCACGCCACCCCACAGCCCACGUGGCAGAGGGAGCACGGUGCUGGGCAUGCUGGCCACGCUGGGGCUGGGCUUCCUGACUCUCACCUACCUCCUGUGGCAAGUGCCCCUUCCUCACACCUGGUACCAGACACACCCCAAAGAAGUGGCCCCGGAGUCCUGGGAGGCCCUGGAAGGACAGACUGGGCAGCAGAGGGACUCCUGCCAGUUCAUCCUUGUGGAAAGCAUCCCUCAGGACCUGCCAUAUGCUGCUGGCAGCCCAUCCGCUCAGCCACUGGCCCAGGCCUGGCUGCAGCUGCUGGACACUGCCCAGGAGAGCAUCCAUGUGGCCUCUUACUACUGGUCCCUCACAGGACCUGACAUCGGGGUCAAUGACUCCUCUUCCCAGCCGGGAGAGGCCGUUCUGCAGAAGCUGCAGCAGCUGCUGGACAGGAACGUCUCCCUGAUGGUGGCCACCAACAGCCCAACGCUGGCCAAGAACUCCACUGACCUGCAGGUCCUGGCAGCCCAGGGUGCCCAGGUGCGGCAGGUGCCCAUGAAGCACUUCACUGGGGGCGUCCUGCACUCCAAAUUCUGGGUUGUGGAUGGGCAGCACAUCUACCUGGGCAGUGCCAACAUGGACUGGAGGUCCCUGACACAGGUGAAGGAGCUUGGAGCCAUUAUCUACAACUGCAGCCGCCUGGCCCACGACCUGGAGAAAACCUUCCAGACCUACUGGGUGCUGGGGGCACCCCAGGCUGUCCUCCCCAAAACCUGGCCUCAGAACUUCUCAUCCCACAUCAGCCGCUUCCAGCCCCUCCGGGGCCGCUUUGGCGGUGUGCCCACCACUGCCUACUUCUCGGCUUCCCCGCCAGCUCUCUGCCCCAGAGGCCGAACCCGGGACCUGGAUGCGGUGCUGGCAGUGAUGAAGGGCGCCCGGAAGUUCAUCUACGCCUCAGUGAUGGAGUACUUCCCCACCACCCGCUUCAGCCGCCCUGCUAGGUACUGGCCAGUGCUGGACGACGCGUUGCGGGACGCUGCCUUUGGCAGACGCGUGUGUGUGCGUCUGCUGGUCAGCUGUGGGCUCAGCACGGACCCCACCAUGUUCCCUUACCUGCGGUCCCUGCAGGCCCUCAGCAACCCCUCUGCUGGCAUCUCAGUGGAAGUGAAAGUCUUCAUCGUGCCUGUGGGGAAUCACUCCAACAUCCCAUUCAGCCGGGUGAACCACAACAAAUUCAUGGUCACAGAGAAGGCAGCCUACAUAGGCACCUCCAACUGGUCGGAGGAUUACUUCAGCAGCACCUCAGGUGUGGGCUUGGUGGUCAGCCAGAGGGCCCUCCAUGCCCAGCCAGGGGUGCCACCUGCACAGGAACAGCUGCGGCAACUCUUCGAGCGGGACUGGAGUUCCCGCUAUGCCGUGGGUCUGGACGGACAAGCCCCAGGCCAGGACUGUGCUUGGCAGGACUGAGGCCCAGCACCCUUGGUUCCAGGUCUACAGCCCUCACUGGACACUGCUGUCCACCAGGCUGUUCAAGUUCAGAAAUUAUACACGCAAAAGAACGUUAGCUGGGGCCAGAGAACUGCCACGCAGAUGAACCCAGGUUCUGAGGAUUUGUGCUGCAGCUCUGCACCCUCAAACUGCACAGGCUUUUCGGGGAAUGGGAGGGGGAACUCUUACCCGGAAGACCGAAACUACGGAGAGGCUGGGCCCAGAUGUGCCUCACUGGCCACCCAGCAUGAUUGCUGCGCCAGGCCCAGGUGUAGAGUUUGUGGGUCAUUGCUGAGAGGUGCCCAAGUGCCACCCCCAAUAAGAGAUGCUGUGGCUCCCAGGCCUGGCCCAGUUCAAA